AUGGCAGCUCCGCAUUCCAGCUCGGACAACGAUUUGACGGGAAUCCUGGUGGCACUUGAAAGGAUACAGAUUGACCACUCUCACUUGUCCAGCUCCAUCGAGGAUAUAAAAGCGAAAGUUGAGUUACUAGCAUCUCAUGGCGAUGUUCCUGAGCACGACACAAGGGAUGAAGCCCGAGAGCUGGGGUCUGAGGUAACUCCAGUGUCUACACACAUCCCGCGUAGGACUUCUGGUGCCUCUCGGAUUAUCCUUACCACAUACCCUGGCCAAUCUGGAAUAAACCCGAUAGCUGUGGACUGGGGAAACGCAGAUCCAAUCAAACGAGGACCCGUUGUAGUGAGCAGGCAUCCCGACACAGUCAAGAGAAGAAAUGCAAUCGGGGCUCAUGGUGGUUCCUAUUCCAUCUACUACGCGCUCGCGGUCGCUAGCAAAGAUCUCAACGCCGAUCACCGCCCCGAUUUCACGAAUACGGAGCCCCCCGUCAACAUUGGGCCUUUCCCGCAGUGGGCUGAUCCGAAAAAGAUAGUUUCGAUGGAUCCAUGGGGACAUCGUGCUCCAUUUGAUUUUGCUGAUAUGAUCAACAAGGGAGGCGUGGAUAUUCGACCGACUAUUGCCAUCACAAAAGCGCAUAUGAAGCUUCCCGAAUUGAAGCAGAGUGUUGAAACGGGCAGGUUGAAGGUGGACGGGAAGAUAUGCUUGAAUGAGUCAGGAGAGUUGGCGGUGACGAAAGUUGCUGUUGAACCAGUCUGGUAUCUACCAGGUGUAGCCCAAAGAUUUGGCAUAGACGAAGGAACUCUGCGCAGAUCGCUUUUCGAAAACACAGGUGGCUCAUUCCCAGAGCUGAUCACCAGAGGCGAUAUUAAGUUGUUCCUUCCACCCAUUGGAGGCUUGACAGUGUACUGUUUUGGCGACCCUGCCAAGAUGUCUGACCGAAAUGUGAAACUCGCUCUUCGCGUUCAUGACGAAUGCAACGGCAGUGAUGUUUUUGGAUCUGAUAUCUGUACCUGCCGCCCCUACCUGAUUUUUGGGAUAGAAGAAGCAGUCAAGGAGGCCCAGCUUGGAGGAAGUGGCGUUGUCAUUUACUUUCGAAAGGAAGGCCGUGCUCUUGGAGAAGUCACAAAAUACCUGGUCUACAAUGCCCGUGCCAGUGAGUAUUUUAAGAGAACCGAAAAUAUCGCCGGUGUCAAGGAUAUGCGAUUCCAGGCUCUUAUGCCCGAUAUUUUACACUGGUUGGGUAUUACCAAAAUCGAUCGAAUGUUGAGCAUGUCGAACAUGAAACAUGAUGCUAUCGUUGAACAAGGCAUACCGAUCCAUGAACGAGUCCCGAUACCGGAUGAUUUGAUCCCUGAAGACAGCCGGGUAGAAAUCGAUGCCAAAAUCCACGCUGGUUACUUCACUACCGGCAAGAUCUUGACUAUGGAUGAGCUUUCCCAAGUGCAAGGGCGGGCGUGGGAAGAUGUGGAUCACUGA